CUUGGCUACUGAUGUACGUUUUCCAUUUAUCAUUGCGUCUUCCAUUCCGAAGCAGCUCAUGUUCGUGUGUCGUCGUCUUCUACUGAGAAGACAUUACUCGUUGCAUGUAACUUUUGGUUAACUCGAUUGAAAGAAACAUGAAGAACCUGGUUCUAUUCCUGUUGUUGGUUUGUACCCUUCAUGGUAGCUGUGUCUCUCUAGAGUGCUACAAAUGCACAUUUUCUGAUGAAGGCUGCCAAGAUUUGUCAAUAUCGGCACCACCAGGUUUUGAAACCUGCCCCGACGGUAGUGUAUGUCAUGUCAGACAAACAACUUUAGCAAAUGGAGAAGUAGUCGACGCUUCAAGAGGCUGUAUACCAGACUCUGACUGUUUUAACGGUUGCUCUGGGUUUCUUAGUGAGUCACAAGAAUGUACCUCUUGCUGCAAUGAAGACCGCUGCAAUAGUGAUGUACCCUAUUAUGGAGACGUUUCCUGCUAUGACUGUUAUAACAUCCCAAUACUAGGGACCACUGCGUGCGGUGAGCCUUUCAACCCACGUGAUGCCAAGGUUCAAACGACUACAUGCUCACAUGGCAAAUGUGCGGUCUACUUUCUAAAUGAAACAUCCACAAAGACAGUUCUGCAGAGAGGAUGUCCAUUGACAGAAUACUUAUGCAUGUCGGAUAAAACCCAAUGCAUGGAAGACAUGUGUAUGGACUGCUGCUCGGGUAACUUAUGCAACGGACCACCCACUGUAAGAAGUGCUAACAACAAUGGACAAAACGCUGGAAACAACGGGCAAGCUACUAAUCGAGACAGCAAUGGCUUUAACAUGUUAGUUAUGUCACUUGCCAGCAUUUUGCUGAUGAUUGGUUCAUAGAUAACUGGCGGAUUUGAUUUAUUGAAUAGCCGCCUUCUUUCGAGUUGCAAUGACAUUAGUGUCUUGAAAAUUUGCAACUCGAUAGAAUGGUUGAUACUCAUUUUGAUAAAAGCUCUUAUUUUGAUUAAAAUUGGCUGCCGUCCUUGGUGAAAGUUGAUACAAUUUGUGUGCUGUGCUAAACAUUAACAUUUCGUGCCAUUGGUUGUUAUUGAACAUUGUAAAAUCGAAGGCAAACACAACAAACUGCAAAAUAACAGCAGAUCACAUGCAAUAUCUAAAUUCUAAACUGUUAAAAUAGUUGCAAUUAUGCAAGAAAAGGGAAAGAAACAAGUACAAAGUUAUAUUUAUUACGUUUAUUAUAUUGCGUUCAAUGUUAUAGUUCGUAAUUUAUGUUUUGAAUAAGAUAAAAAAUACAACACAGUUGUAUUCAAUAUAAUCAUCAUAUUGCUCUAAGUGUUAUCGUUUGGAAUUCCAUUAAGACACCAUUGCGUUAAUUGUUAUAGUUUGAAAUGAAUGUUUUUGAUUUGAACUCGAUACAGACACUGAGUGUUUAACAGAAAGUAUCGCAUACCGUUAAAGCCAUUAUACACUUUCGGAACAGAAAACAAAUAAAAGUUCACAUAUUUACAAUUAAUUCACAGGGUUUAC